AUGGAGGUGGCCUCACCCCAAAUUCCUGGCGCGAACGGCGUUGCCUCUCCCACCGCCGACUCCUCGAUCGAUCCAAACCGCGUCCUCGAUCACAUUGCCCUGGUCUGCCAGAUAGCUCUCGGAGCGACGAACGAAGACCUCGAGAGCCCGGGGAGCUUGCUUCACAAGCACCGCUAUUCCGACACUGUCCAGCGCUGCACCCGUUUCGCUACCGAUACACCCAAUGCUCUGUACAUUCAGAAAGACAUUCUGCCCGUGUCUACUAUACAGAAUGGAACCGAGGACUCAAGUUCGUUUAAUCUGCAUGGCGGACCUCUUGCCGGGCGUGCAUACAAAGCUAACCACUCGAGUGCAGGGUCUCCGGCCUACACAUACUCCCUGACGACCGAGAUCUCUUCGUCUCCGACUACCGUGUCAUGCCUUGUUCUGCUCAAGCAGCGUCCCGGCCCGAUCGAUCCCCUACUGCCGCUCACUUCCCAGAUACUUUUGACUAACCUCCCGGGCCCUGCGACUCUGAAUGCCACCGCCGGCGAGCAAGGCCCCUCUACUUCGCCCUUCGAGAUCCUGCACUCUUAUGUUCACAAUGCGCUGGCGCCCUACUUUGAUGCCAACACCCGGAGCCAGAUCACCAACGGCGCCAGGGGCAGGGCAGACGUGGACUCCAAGACGGGAAUCCCGGUCACGAAGAAGAGAUGGAACGAUCUGGAGCUGAGCUUGCUUCACCUCCAGCAGAACGUGGAGAUCCCCGAGGUCUCCCUCAUGUUCCACACAAUGGUACAGAGCGCGCUGGAGGAGGCCGAUUCGCGACACUCGAAACCAACACUCGAUCUCAUCCCGGGCACAGUGCUCUCCGACAGUACCUUUCUUAAUAGCUUGCAGAACAACGUGAAUAGCUGGAUCAAGUCUAUCCAGGUCAUUACGAGGAUGACCAGGGACCCUGCCGACAGCGCCAAAGACUUCAAGUUUACGGCCAGUCAAGAGGUCAACUUUUGGCUGUCGAUGGAAUCUGCACUGGAGGGAAUCGAAGGACAGCUCCGUAGCGAGGGAGUGCUCUUGACCCUGGAGAUCCUUAAGCACGCAAAACGUUUCCAGGCGACGGUCAGUUUUACUGCCGACACCGGUCUGAAGGAGGCCAUGGAGAAGGUCCAAAAGUACAACCAGCUUAUGCGAGAUUUCCCGCUCGAUGAACUACUUUCCGCCACCUAUCUGUCCAAGGUCAAGGACGCCAUCGUGCAAAUCUUUGGCCACCUGAACAGGAAGCUAAGAAUCUGCCCAUACCCCAUUCGGAGAGCACUCCCCUUGGUGGAGGCUAUCUCUGGAGACUUGGACGAGGUGCUGCAUCGGCUCUUGCCUGGUACGGAGCUUGUAAACCUCGACUAUGUUGAGUUCAAAGCCAUCAUGAAGGCAAGCGACGACAUCUUUACUACGUGGGACGAGAGCAUCAAGGAGUUCACCAAUGUUGCCCGUGAGGUGACGCGUCGGAGAAACGAAAAGUUCAUCCCUAUCAAGGUCAACCCUAAGCAUGCAGAGCUUCAAGGCCGUCUCAAAUACGUCAGCACGUUCCGUGACAAUCACGAGCAGCUGCAGCGGACCAUUGUCAACGUUCUCGGUCCCAAGGCUACCGUGAGCGGUUUGACGGAAACAACCAACACCAACGGCGUUGUCGUUGUCGAAGAGAUGGGCGAUGUGGACGCAGUCGAAGAAGUCAAACAGGCCUGGGAGGCGUUGAAGAACGUCGACCUCUUGGAUGUUUCCCCUGAGGGCACCGAGAGAUGGGCCAAGGCCGAGAACAUGUACAAUGAGCGGACUUCUCGUGUUGAGAACUCCAUCAUCGCACGCCUGAGAGAUCGUCUGGCGACGGCAAAAAACGCCAAUGAGAUGUUCCGCGUCUUCUCCAAGUUCAACGCCCUUUUCGUGCGCCCCAAGAUUCGUGGCGCCAUUGCAGAGUAUCAGAACCAGUUGAUGGAGCAUGUAAAACAAGCGAUUCACGGUCUUCACGAGCGAUUCAAGCAACAAUACGGCCAUUCCGAAGCUCACGCCAUGGCCCAGUUGCGUGAUCUGCCGCCCGUUUCCGGUGCCAUCAUCUGGGCCCGACAGAUUGAGCAUCAACUCGACAACUACAUGAAGAAGGUUGAGGAUGUGCUGGGUUCUGAGUGGGCCAUUCACGCCGAAGGCCAGAAGCUUCAGAGCGAAAGCAACCUGUUCCGGAAGAAGCUGGACACACAGACCAUCUACAAGGCCUGGCUCGACGACGUCCAGCGUCGUCAAAUCUCCAUUUCUGGUUUCCUGUUCGACAUUCGACGCAUGCGAUCUACGGGUAACACCUACGAACUUCUGGUCAACUUUGAUCCUCAGGUCAUUACCCUCUUCAAGGAGACGCGCAACCUCAUGUGGCAGAAUUAUGCCGUACCUCAUUCGAUCAACAAUGUGUCCAAGGACGCCAAGCGUGUCUAUCCAUUCGCAGUCAGUCUCAUGGAGAGCGUCCGUACCUUCUCGCAGACGAUGCGGCAAAUUUCUGAGAUGGGCGAGGAGGCAGUUCUUGUGUAUGGAUACAGGAAUGACGUCUACGCUCUGGUAUCCAGAGGUGUUCCCCUCAGAUGGGAGUCGUUUGUCAACUCGCACGAGAUCUUCUUUUCCACAAAGAACAAUGCUACCUUGCCAAACGUGUCCGAAUUUGGGCUUUCCAAGCCAUCUGAGAGCAAGCACAGCCUCUUCAUUCGAGAGUUUGCUGCGGCCGUGUCUCUGCUCCAGGCCAAGACCGCUUCUUUGGCGUCGAUCCACGCAACUGUGGAGAAGGCACUUGUUGAGCUCAACACCUGCCCCUAUGAAGCCAGCGCCUUCACUUCACGCUUAGAGACCAUCCAGACUGCCGUCGAUCAGCUUAACUUGGAGCAGUACGUCAACUUGCCCUACUGGGUCGACAUGAUGAACCAGAAGCUCAAGGAGGUGCUUCUUACUCGUCUGCAAGACGCUAUUCUGGCUUGGAUUCAUGCCUUUGAAGACGACUACCUCGACGACGGUCGCCGCAAACAAGUGACCGAGAAUGGCGAAGAGGCUACACAAGAAGGACCUACAAUUAAGCGCCUAAUUCUUGAAUUGUCUAUGCGGAACCAGGUGAUCUACUUGGAUCCUCCACUGGAAUACUCGCGUUCAAGCUGGUUUGUUCAACUGCAUGAGUGGCUCGGAAUCGUCUGCAAUCUCAAGAAGAUCAAGGCUACACGAUACCAAAUGACUUUGACGACAACCACAUUGGAUGAGCCACACUUUGACGACCUGCCUAGCGAUUGCACCGACCUCCUCAGCCGCGUGUACGUCUCUAUCGAGAAGAAGCUGCAGGAGAUUGGCUCAUACGUCGAUAAGUGGCUCCAAUUCCAGUCCCUCUGGGACCUUCAGUCGGAACAGGUGUACGAGGCUCUUGGAGAUCAGCUUGCGAGAUGGCUGCAGCUGCUCCAAGAGAUCCGAAAGACGCGCCAGACCUUUGACACUCAAGAAGUCAGCCGGCAGUUUGGCCACAUCACCAUCGACUAUGACCAGGUUCAGACGAAGGUCAAUGCAAAGUACGAUCAAUGGCAGCACGAGAUCUUGAUGAAGUUUGCCAGCAGACUCGGCAACCGCAUGCGUGAAGUCCACGCUGAGAUUGAAAAGGCUCGCCGGGACCUCGAGAGCCAGGGCCUUGAUGCCUCUUCCACCGCACACGCCGUGCAAUUCAUCACCGUCGUGCAGGCUUGCAGACGCAAUGUCAAGCUGUGGGCUCCUGAAAUUGACAUGUUCAGACAGGGACAGUCUACCCUCGUGCGCCAGCGCUACCAAUUCCCCAACGACUGGCUUCAUAUCGAGCAGAUUGACAGCUCGUGGGAGUCUCUCACUGAGAUAUUGGAGAAGAAGUCCAAGAUCGUGCAGGAUCAGACUGACGCUCUGAGAUCCAAGAUCAUCGCCGAGGAUAAGAUUGUCAACGACAGGAUUGCCGAGGUCGCCGUGCAGUGGAAUGACGAGAAGCCAGUUUCUGGUACUACUCAACCCGAUGUUGCAACCGCAACGUUGAAGACAUUCGAGACCAGAAUCUCCAAACUGCAGUCCGAUUUUGAAAUGGUGGCCAAGGCCAAGGAAGCUCUCGAUAUUCCUGCCACGGCUGACACCUCUCUCGGGACCAUCUUGGAAGAAGUCCAGGACUUCCAGUCUGUCUGGUCCAACCUCUCCACCAUUUGGGCCAGUCUCAACGAGACGCGAGAGGUUUUGUGGACUGCUGUUCAACCCAGAAAGAUACGGUCCAAGAUUGACGACCUUAUCAAGAGCACCAAGGAGAUGCCUAGUCGCAUGAGACAAUAUGCCGCCUUCGAGCACGUGCAGACUAUCCUUCGCAGCCUACUCAAGGUCAACACCAUUCUUUCUGACCUCAAGUCCGAGGCAAUCCGAGACCGCCACUGGACCAAGAUCUACAAGCAGAUUAAGCCUGGCAAGCGAUACUCACCAGUGUCGAUGACUCUCGGCGAUGUGUGGGACUUCAAUCUCGUUGCCACCGAAGUCAUUGUCAGGGACAUCAUUGCCCAGGCGCAAGGUGAAAUGGCCCUAGAGGAGUUCUUGAAGCAAGUCCGCGAGACGUGGUCAAACUACGGGUUGGAGCUCGUCAACUAUCAGAACAAGUGCCGUCUCAUCCGUGGUUGGGACGAUUUAUUCGCUAAGUGCAGCGAAAAUCUCAACUCAUUGCAAGCUAUGAAGCACUCACCCUACUACAAGGAGUUCGAAGAGGAGGCGUCAUCUUGGGAAGACAAGCUCAACAGAGUACAUGUCCUCUUUGACGUCUGGAUCGAUGUUCAGCGUCAAUGGGUCUAUCUUGAAGGUGUUUUCACUGGCAAUGCCGACAUCAAGCACCUUUUGCCAGUCGAGUCCUCGAGGUUCCAGAACAUUAACAGCGAGUUUUCGGCUGUCAUGAAGAAAGUCUACAAGCAGCCUUAUGUUCUUGACGUCUUGACGAUCCCCAACGUUCAGAAAUCUCUCGAGAGAUUGGCUGAGCUCCUGAACAAGAUCCAAAAGGCUCUCGGCGAAUACCUUGAAAAGGAGCGUGUCUCUUUCCCUCGAUUCUACUUCGUCGGUGACGAGGACCUUCUCGAAAUGAUUGGUAACAGUAACGACACCCUGCGUAUUGCGAAGCACUUCAAGAAGAUGUUUGCUGGUCUGUCAGGACUAAUUAUGGACGACGAGACAAUCAUUUCUGGGUUCACCUCGAAGGAGGGCGAGGCCGUGCGUCUCAAAAAGGAGAUUUCCCUCGCCAAGACACCCAAGAUUAACGACUGGCUGGCCCUGUUGGAGAGUGGCAUGAAGAACACGCUGGCGGAGCUCCUCGCGGAGGCUGUCGAGCAGUACACCCCGAUCUUUGAAUCCGAGAAGAUCGACAAGGAGGCGAUGGACGCGUUCAUGGAAGCCUUCCCCAGUCAGAUUGUCGUUCUUGCAACACAAGUAGUUUGGACGACAUCUGUCGAAAAGUCUCUUGUUGACGGCGGAAAGUCACUGCAAUCUCUCUACGAUCUCGAAGUCCAAGUGCUUCGCCUUCUAGCCGACACUGUCUUGGGCGACCUUGAGGUUAUUCAGCGCAAGAAGUGCGAACAGCUCAUCACGGAAUGUGUGCACCAGCGUGACGCCAUCGAGAAGCUCAUAAGCCUCAAUGCUACCACACCGACUCAUUACUGGUGGCUGCUUCAGAUGCGCUACGUCUACACACCCGAAGGUGACUUCCCCAAUCGCCUGCAGGUCAAGAUGGCCAAUGCAAAGCUCAGCUACGGCUUCGAGUAUCUCGGAGUACCCGAACGCCUUGUCAGAACACCUCUUACAGACCGAUGCUUCCUUACUCUCACACAAGCUCUCGAACAAAGACUGGGUGGUUCUCCCUACGGCCCAGCCGGAACGGGUAAGACGGAGUCAGUCAAGGCCCUUGGUCUCCAGCUUGGUCGAUUUACUCUGGUCUUCUGCUGCGACGACACUUUCGAUUUCCAGGCUAUGGGUCGCAUCUUCCUUGGUAUCUGCCAGGUCGGAGCUUGGGGAUGUUUCGAUGAGUUUAAUCGUCUCGAGGAGAGAAUUCUGUCCGCUGUCUCGCAGCAAAUUCAAAAUAUUCAGCUUGGCCUGAAGAAGGGAGCCGAAGACGACAAGGCCCAAACUGAAUUAGUUGGGCGGCAGCUUCACGUCAAUGCCAAUACUGGUAUUUUCAUCACCAUGAACCCGGGCUAUGCUGGUCGUUCCAACCUUCCCGACAACCUGAAGAAGUUGUUCCGCAGUGUUGCCAUGUCCAAGCCUGACAAGGAGCUCAUUGCCGAAGUCAUGCUUUACUCUCAAGGUUUCAACCAGGCCAAGCAGUUGUCGAAGCACACAGUCCCCUUCUUCGACCAGUGCGCAGCAAGACUGUCCAAGCAAGCUCACUACGACUUUGGUCUUCGUGCCUUGAAGAGUGUUCUUGUCAGCUCCGGAGGUCUCAAGCGUGCGAGACUUAUAGAGAGUGAUGGUAGCAUUGGCGCGGAAGAGGUCGUCGAGCCUGAAAUCAUCGUCCAGAGCAUCCGCGAAACCAUCGCCCCUAAGUUGAUCAAGAGUGAUGUCGAGAUCCUCGGCGAGGUUGAAGAGGACUGCUUCCCUGGCGUCAAGUACGUACCGGCCAAUCUCCAGGCACUCGAAGAAGCCAUCAGGACACUCGCAGACGAAAGAAAGCUGGUGGUCAACGACACUUGGAUGACAAAGGUCCUUCAACUCUACCAGAUCCAGAACAUCCACCACGGUGUGAUGAUGGUUGGUAACUCCGGUACCGGCAAGUCUGCUGCCUGGACUCUUCUGCUUGACGCUCUCCAAAAGGUCGAGGGUGUUGAGGGCGUGCAGCACGUUAUUGACUCCAAGGUCAUGUCCAAGGAAGCUCUCUACGGAAACCUCGACUCUACCACGCGCGAAUGGACGGAUGGCCUGUUCACUAGCAUCCUGCGAAAGAUUGUUGACAACCUGAGAGGCGAGGACUCCAAGCGCCACUGGAUCGUCUUCGACGGUGAUGUUGACCCCGAGUGGGUCGAGAACUUGAACAGUGUGUUGGACGACAACAAACUUCUCACCCUUCCCAAUGGUGAGCGUCUCAACCUACCCGCCAACGUUCGCAUUAUGUUCGAAGUUGAGACGUUGAAGUACGCCACGCUUGCCACGGUCAGUCGAUGUGGUAUGGUCUGGUUCAGCGAGGAUACUGUUACGCCAAUGAUGAUGCUCGAGCACUACCUCGGCACGCUGCGCUCUAAGCCAUUCGAGGACCUGGACGAAGAUAGCGUUGCAGCUGGACAGAGCCCUGCGAAGGCACUUGCCGUCCAGUCCCAGGUCGCCGACCUCCUUAAUGCAUAUCUCUCUGGAGAGGACUUCCUCACAGCUGCUCUCAAGGAAGCCGAGGGCUACAACCACAUUAUGGAUUUUACUGUCGCUCGUGUGCUCAACACCCUGUUUUCUCUCUUGAACAAGGCAGUCCGCGACAUGAUUGAGUACAAUGCUCAGCAUUCCGACUUCCCCCUGGACCCUGAACAGGUUGAAGCCUUCAUCGCAAAGAAGCUGCUCCUCGCUUUGGUGUGGGCUCUCACUGGUGACUGCCCUCUGAACGACCGCAAAUCGUUCGGAGAUGCGGUUGGCGGUCUAGCCAGCUUUGGCAACCCGCCCCUUGAUGGCACCAGCUCACUCAUCGACUUCGACGUGACUCUUCCCCAGGCCGAGUGGGCACCAUGGCAGAACCAGGUUCCGACUAUUGAAGUCAAUACUCACUCCGUCACUCAGACAGAUGUGGUCAUCCCUACACUCGAUACAGUGCGUCAUGAGGAUGUUCUCUACUCUUGGUUGGCUGAGCACAAGCCGCUGUUGCUCUGCGGUCCUCCCGGUUCGGGUAAGACGAUGACACUUUUCAGCGCUCUUCGCAAGCUUCCCAACAUGGAGGUUGUCGGUCUCAACUUCUCAAGCGCGACCACUCCUGAUCUUCUGAUCAAGACUUUUGAGCAAUAUUGCGAGUACAAGAAGACUUUGAAUGGAGUCAUGCUUUCGCCGACACAGAUUGGCAGGUGGCUGGUCAUCUUCUGUGAUGAGAUCAACUUGCCUGCCCCCGACAAGUACGGAACGCAGCGAGCCAUUUCCUUCCUGCGUCAGCUCGUUGAGCACAAUGGUUUCUGGAGAACCUCGGACAAGUCUUGGGUGACCCUUGACCGUAUCCAGUUUGUCGGUGCUUGUAACCCCCCGACCGAUGCAGGCCGUACACCCCUGGGUGCCAGAUUCCUUCGCCAUGCCCCUCUCAUCAUGGUCGACUACCCCGGAGAGCUUUCUUUGCUCCAGAUCUACGGCACCUUCAACUCGGCUGUUCUCAAAAUCAUCCCUUCCCUCCGUGGCUACUCUGAACCACUCACACAGGCAAUGGUUAAGUUGUAUCUGGAGUCGCAGCAGCGCUUUACGCCCAAAAUUCAGCCUCACUACGUAUACAGUCCUCGUGAACUCACUCGAUGGGUGCGCGGUAUUUACGAAGCCAUCCGUCCGCUGGAGACAUUGUCAAUUGAGGGGCUUGUUCGCAUCUGGGCGCACGAGGCUCUCCGCCUCUUCCAAGAUCGUCUCGUCGCCGAGGAUGAGCGCCAAUGGACCGAUGAUGCAGUUCGACGCAUUGCCCUUGAUCUCUUCCCUACUGUCGAUGACCAGAGGGCACUGGGUGGUCCAAUCCUCUUUUCCAACUGGCUGUCGAAGAACUACGUACCAGUCGACCGGGAGCAACUUCGAGACUUUGUCAAGGCCAGACUCAAGACGUUCUGCGAAGAAGAGGUUGAUGUACCCCUCAUUCUGUUCAACGACGUCCUGGAACACGUGCUCCGCAUUGAUCGUGUCUUCAGACAACCCCAGGGCCAUCUUAUCCUCAUUGGCGUGAGUGGUAGUGGAAAGACCACGCUCUCGCGCUUUGUGGCCUGGAUGAAUGGUCUCAAGGUCUUCCAGAUCAAGGUGCACGGCAAGUACUCUGCCGAAGACUUUGACGAUGAUCUCCGUGAUGUUCUCCGACGUUGCGGUUGCAAGGGCGAGAAGAUCUGUUUCAUCAUGGACGAGGCCAAUGUUUUGGAUUCGGGUUUCCUCGAAAGAAUGAACACGCUGCUCGCGAAUGCCGAGGUUCCUGGUCUAUUUGAGGGCGACGAGUUCGCCGCACUCAUGACGGCAUGCAAGGAGGGUGCCCAACGGCAGAAUCUACACCUCGACUCGCCCGAGGAGCUGUACAAGUGGUUCACUCAACAGAUUGUCAAGAAUUUGCAUGUUGUGUUCACCAUGAACCCACCGGAGGGUGGUCUUGGGUCCAAAGCCGCAACCAGUCCUGCCUUGUUCAACCGCUGCGUUCUCAACUGGUUCGGAGACUGGUCUGAUCAGGCCCUCUUCCAGGUUGGCCACGAGCUCACCCAGUCGAUGGACCUGGAUAGACCCAAUUUCCAGGCGCCCGAUACUAUCCCAGUGGCGUACCGCGCUCUCAGCCUACCCCCUACGCAUCGCGAGACCAUUGUCAACUCCAUGGUCUACAUCCACUACUCCCUUCAGAGAUUCAACACCAAGCUCUUCAAGCAGCAAGGCAAGAUUACCUUCCUUACCCCCAGACACUUCCUGGAUUUCGUCGCGCAGUAUGUCAAGCUUUACAACGAGAAGCGCGAGGAUCUGGAAGAGCAGCAACGCCAUCUCAACGUUGGUCUCGAGAAGCUUAGAGACACGGUCGACAAGGUUCGCGAUUUAAGGGUCAGCCUUGCCGAGAAAAAGUCUCAACUCGAGAAGAAAGACGCCGAGGCCAAUGAGAAACUGCAACGCAUGGUUGCGGACCAGAGAGAGGCCGAACAGAGAAAGAACACGUCCUUGGAGAUUCAAGUUGCGCUAGAGAAGCAAGAGGCGGAAGUGGCCACGCGAAGAAAGGUCGUGUUGGAGGAUCUCGCAAAGGCGGAGCCCGCCGUCGAAGAGGCCCGGGCCAGUGUUAGCAACAUCAAGCGUCAACAUCUUACCGAAGUUCGAUCAAUGGGCAACCCGCCGCAGGGUGUCCGGUUGGCUCUCGAGUCUGUCUGCGCUCUGCUUGGCCACAAAGUCAACGACUGGAGAAUGAUCCAAGGUAUUAUCCGUCGCGAUGACUUUAUUGCUAGCAUCGUCAAUUUCGACAACGAACGCCAAAUGACCAAGCCUCUGCGCAUAAAGAUGCGCAAUGACUUUUUAUCGAACCCCGAAUUCACAUUCGAUAAGGCCAACCGUGCCAGUAAGGCCUGCGGACCCCUGGUACAAUGGGUGGAGGCACAGGUCUCAUACUCUGAGAUUCUCGACCGAGUCGGCCCUCUGAGGGACGAAGUCAACACACUUGAGGAGCAAGCUCUGCAAACCAAGGCCGAGGCCAAGGCCGUUGAGAACACUAUCAACACCCUCGAGUCUAGCAUCGCCCAGUACAAGACGGAAUACGCUGCACUUAUCAGCGAAACGCAAGCCAUCAAGUCUGAGAUGUCAAAGGUCCAGUUCAAGGUCGACAGGAGUGUCAAGUUGCUCGACAGUCUGUCGUCCGAGAGAGUCCGUUGGGAGGAGGGCAGCAAGUCUUUCGAGACCCAAAUCAGCACGCUCGUUGGUGAUGUCCUUGUCGCGGCCGCCUUCCUCGCAUACAGUGGUCUGUACGACCAGACCUUCCGAAAGUCCAUGAUGGAUGACUGGUUGCACCAGCUGCAGCUAUCUGGCGUACUGUACAAACAGCACAACCCAGUCACUGAGUACCUGUCGACCGCCGACGAGCGUCUCAGCUGGCAGGAGAAUAGCCUGCCGGUCGACGAUCUUUGCACGGAGAACGCUAUCGUCCUGAAGCGAUUCAACCGCUACCCCCUCAUUAUCGAUCCUUCCGGCAGAGUCACCGAGUUCUUGCAGAAGGAGAGCAAGGACCGUCGCUUGACGGUCACCAGUUUCUUGGAUGACUCGUUCACUAAGCAGCUAGAGAGUUCCCUUCGUUUUGGUAACCCCAUUCUUAUCCAGGACGCCGAGUACCUUGACCCCAUCCUCAACCACGUCCUCAACAAGGAAUACCAGAAGACUGGCGGUCGUGUACUCAUCCAGCUCGGCAAGCAGCAGAUCGAUUUCUCGCCCUCCUUCCAGAUCUAUCUGUCUACCCGCGACCCGUCGGCAACGUUUGCUCCCGAUAUUUGCUCCCGGACCACAUUUGUCAACUUCACAGUCACCCAGAGCAGUCUCCAGACCCAGUCUCUUAACGAUGUACUGAAGUCCGAGAGACCGGAUGUUGAUGAGAGGCGAUCCAAUCUCAUCAAGCUCCAGGGAGAGUUCAAGAUCCAUCUGCGACAGUUGGAGAAGCGUCUCUUGCAAGCUCUCAACGAGUCCCGCGGAAACAUUCUCGACGACGACAAUGUCAUUGAGACCCUGGAGACCCUGAAGACGGAGGCUGCGGAGAUUUCCGACAAGAUGAGCAACACCGAGGGCGUUAUGGCAGAAGUCGAGGAGAUUACCCAACAGUAUAGCAUCAUUGCCCGCUCCUGCAGUACUGUGUUUGCUGUGCUGGAGCAGCUCCAUUACCUGAACCACUUCUACCAGUUCUCUCUCCAGUACUUCCUUGACAUCUUCCACUCUGUUCUGCAUGGCAACAAGAACCUCGCCGACGAGACGAAUCACAACAUUCGGCGAGACAUUAUUGUCAAGGAUCUGUUCAUCACCGCCUUCAAGCGGACUGCGCUGGGCCUGCUCCAAAAGGACCGGAUCACGCUGGCCAUGCUGCUUGCGCAGGCUUCGCCCUACAAGAUGGACAAGACGCUGAUCGACGUCUUCCUUGACGAUCGUGUAGAAGGCAAGGAUCUCUCCACCGACAAGGACGCCAAAGAGGAGGCCUUCACCCGGGCUGGCCGCAUGAGUGUGCUCAAAGACAAGCUUGACGCGGUUUCGCCUGCCGACUGGGACAAGUUCCUAACCGAGGAGCUUGCUGAAAACUUUGUUCCCAAGAUCUGGGAGGACAGCACGGAGGCCUUUGAUCAGGCGCUACAAUCUCUGCUUCUUGUCAAACUUUUCCGUCUCGAUCGUUUCGUCCCGGCUGCCGAGCGGUUUGUCACUUUGGUCUUCGGCUCAGACACUUUUGACGUCGUCGAGGAUCUCAAGGAGACUAUCAGCCAGGUUCCCGCUACCCGACCGAUUUCUCUAGUCUCCAGCCCUGGUUUCGAUGCCAGUUACAAGGUGGACAACCUCGUCGAGAGGCUCCGCGUCAAAUGCACCAACAUUGCCAUGGGUUCCAACGAAGGUCUCGCAAGUGCCGACAAGGCCAUCAAUAACGCCGCGCAACUGGGCAACUGGGUCUUGGUCAAGAACGUACAUCUCGCCCCUACCUGGCUGCAGAGUCUCGAGAAGCGCAUGGAGUCGCUCAACCCCCACUCCGAGUUCCGCCUCUUCCUGUCGAUGGAAUCGAGUCCCAAGAUUCCCGUCAACUUGCUGCGCGCCUCCAGGGUACUCAUGUACGAGCAGCCUGCCGGUGUGCGCGCCAACAUGAAGGACUCGAUGUCUUCCUUGUCGACGAGAGGCGCAAAAGCCCCUGUCGAGCGCACGAGGCUGUACCUUCUGCUUGCCUUCUUGCACGCAGUCGUCCAAGAGCGCCUGCGCUACGCUCCAAGCUUGGGAUGGAAGGGUUUCUGGGAGUUCAAUGACAGUGAUUACGAAUGCUCGGCAUUCAUCAUUGACACCUGGAUCGAGAACGCUGCCGGCACCCGCACGAACAUUGCACCUCAGAGCAUUCCUUGGGAGAUGAUUCGCUACCUCGUCACGGAAACCUACGGCGGCAAGAUUGACAAUGAGGGAGACUUCAAGCAGCUGAACCAGCUUGUGCACUCGUUCCUGACGCCAUCAGCCUAUGACGUUGGACAUAAACUCGUCGAGGGCACGGAGAACCAGGAAGGCAGCCUCGUGGUGCCGUCGGGCACUUCCCUGUCGGAUUUCAUGGCCUGGAUCCACAAGCUGCCAGAGCGCGAGCCGCCUACAUACCUCGGCCUACCCGCCAACGCAGAGAAGCUGCUCCUGGUUGGUCUCGGACGCAGUCUCAUUGGCAACUUGAAAAAGGUGACGGAGUUGUUGGAGGAAGGGGAGCAACUCUUGGUUGAGGCCUAG